AUGCCGCGACAUGCUUCGCAUAUAAUCCCGCCUUGGGUGACUGGGGCCGAGAGAGUAUACACUGAGCUUUACCCUCCCACACCCUCGGUGCCACACUUCGAUUUCACCUACGCUUACGAGGACAUCCUCUUGCACUUCCUUACGACUAUCAACAUGGACAUGAGAAGCUUGUGGGCUGAUGGCCACCUCGCCUAUACCUUGACGCCAGAAGGGAUUGAAGAUUACUUUUGCAAUCGCCUCCGCAUCCAGAAGCUUGGAGAUCAUCGCCCAGAGGUUCGAACAUGCGGCAAUAUGUUCCUCGUCUACUCGCGCACGCUAUACGACUCGCCGCCUUGCCUUCCAUACACAACAGAUCCGAACGGAAAGCCGUUCUGGCUUAUCGACUUCCUCGUCGAUUCUCCGACAAGCAUCAUAGUUCCUCAGCAGCUCAACAUCUUGCGCAACCCGAUACCACUAAAGACGCGCCUCAACAUGCCGAUCUUCUUUCAGAACCGACAGGGAGGUCUGGGAGUGAGUGUUGGCGCCGCGGCAGCCUCUGCCAAACCCGGUAUACGUGGCGAAGACAUGAUUCUGGAGGCCAUCCGUGGAGUGAGUACGACGCACUUUGUUGUACAGUGGCCUGGACACAGCGACUUUCUGAAGCAAUCGGAGACCAGAGUGUCGAAGGAGCCACACACCAUUGGUCGCUUUGCUCACCACAUCGGACUGUUCAUGAAGAAGUUUCUGAUGAAGGCGCCGUCGCUAAGGAUUGACCAAGGUGGUGAUAGCACCUGGUAUCUGCUGGUAGAUGGCAGCCGAUACUGA